AUGGGAGAAAAGAAGGUCGAUCGAUUUGUCUUCAAGAUGAGUGACAUGUUGGGAGAGGGAUCUUAUGGACAAGUCUUUAAAGGUUAGGAUGAAAAAACAAAGGAAUGGGUAGCUAUAAAGAUGCUCAAAAAGGCAGUCAUUAAUGAGGAUGAAUAUUUGAGAGACGGGUUAUUGAAUGAAAUCAAGAUCAUGGGUUUCCUGUAGGGUAACAAUGUUGUCAAGCUAAUUGAUGUGCUUGAAACACCGAACAAUUACUAUAUAGUCUAGGAAUAUUGCGACGGUGGAGAUUUCCAACAUCAAUUGAAAAAGAGGAAAUUCUUACCUCAGAAGGAAGCCAUGUAAUUUUUUGUGGACGUUCUUCUUGGCAUGAUGGAAUUAGUGAAGAAGGGAAUCAUUCAUCGCGACUUAAAGCCAGCUAACAUCCUUAUAAGCAAGGGCAUUUAUAAAAUUGCAGAUUUCGGAUUUUCCAAAGCCAUCGAUAACUUUAGGAAAUAGAUGAUAGAGUCUAUUGUCGGUACACCUCUCUAUCAGUCUCUCCAAUUACUGAAGGCUGAGAAAUACACUUCUAAGAGUGAUAUUUGGUCCCUGGGCUUCAUCUUCUAUGAGACUCUCUUCGGACAAACUCCUUGGACUGCUAGAUCCAUCCCAGAAUUAGUGAAGAAUAUCACCUCCCAGCCUCUGAAAUUCCCUCAGGAUAAAAAUGUCGACCCUUAAAUCAUAGACAUGCUCAAAGGAUGUCUGCAAUUGCAAGAGAAGGACAGAUUGGGUUGGGAUCAAUUGUAUAGACAUCCUUGUUUUUGCUAGAGUUUUUCAUUUUACACGAAUCAAGCCAAGCAACUGGAAGAUAAGGCAAUGUUUUUGGUUUAAGAUCUGAGAUUUAAAGUUAUGAAGGAUAAGAUUGAUUUAGAAAAGGUGUUCAACAAGUAUGACAAAUCAGGAGAUAAGUCACUUGAUAUGAAAGAAUUAACGUUGUUGUUGCAUGAGAUUGAUCCAAAAUUGGAGAGAGAAGAGAUCGAAUACAUGUUCAAUAAAAUAGAUCUGGAUGGAAGUAACUCUAUUGAGUUGAAUGAAUUCAAAAAAUGGUUAGAGGAGAAUCAAGUUUAAAUGUCCAUGAGAAACCAGCCUAAAUCUAAUUUUUCAAGAAGAGGUACUUUGGAAAUGCCAAAGGUUAAUCCCAACAAUUCGGAUUAACCUGUACCAGAAUUUGAUAAUUCAUAGACAUAAUAAUAAUAAAGCACAUCUCCUACUUAACAUUCAUAAUAAAUAGUAAAUCAAUAUCAAUAACAAUAACAAUAUUAAAAAUAAUAUUCAAAUUAACAGUCCCUAUAAUAGUAAUAAGUAUCAUAACCAAUAUAACCAUCCUAGCACUAUCCAUAAUAAUAUUAAUAAUAUCCACCAUAACAAUAAUAGUAUUAUCCACAAUAAUAAUAUCAAUAAUAUCAAUAUCCUCCAGGUUAGUAGCCCAUGACUGCCUCUUAAAGUUAACAAAAUUACCCUAUUUAACCACAACCACCCUAUCCUCAAAUGAACAAUUCAUAAUAGUACAAUCAAGGCUAUCAACAACCUCCAGCUUAUGUACCAAAUCACUAAUAUCCCACACCUCAAAAUUUAGCUUAAGAAAGAGCCAUGAUGACCAUCUAAAAAUUGGUUAUUGCUAUUGAAAAAUAUAAUAUCAACAUUUUCGAUUUAUUCAGAAAGUAUGAUAAAUCAGACUCACAAACCUUGGAUGUGAAGGAGUUUGGAGUUAUGCUCAGGAAAAUCGAUAGUCAAUUAACAGAUCAAGAUAUUAGCCAGGCAUUUUGGAUUUUUGAUGUUGACCGAAGCCAUGAAAUCACUUUCAAGGAGUUCUAAGAUGGAAUCGUUUAACAUUUAAACCAAUGGAGAGCCCAAUCUUCAAAUUAGAACAAUCCAGGAUAUCCAUACCAAAAAUAUUGA